AGAGGACAAAGUCGAACUAAAGCUGCAAGCAUUCGAAGUCACAAGAAAACCGUCAUAUUGCUGAUUCCGCCUCGUAAACCCCAACUGGGCGUGUAAUUGUUGCUCUCCUGGGCGGAUCCUGAGAUAGGGGACAGGAGAAGCAGCUCGCGUUUGGGAGUUGUGCAAGUCGACACUAGUUGCCAUGACUGUUGCCACUCAAGACAGCGCCAAUUCUCCUGGCAGACUCCACGAUGGGGCACACACAGGAUGGCUUCGUCAUUUGAAGUUCCACCACAUUUCUCAGAGUUUUUCCCAAGUCGGACGCGUCGUUACCACGAUACACAAGCCCCUUCCCGAGCCAGACGACCGUUUAAACCACAUUCCUCUCACUUUCAUUUCGAUUUCCCCCGACGCAGAGCACGAUGCUGCGACCGCACCCGGCCCUACAGCGCUAGAUUGUACCGAGCUCAAGCCAAAAAGGCUAAGGCCGGGAGGCCUUAGCAUCGAGUUGCCGUCUGACAUCGAUCCCGAGCCCCUUGGAGUUCCCGCUUUUGAUGACGAUCCAGAGCCCGUGCACUCGCACGACGCCCCAGAGACAAGUCCAGUACACGACAGCGCUGAGCACAAGCUAGAAGAGCUAAGGCCGGGAGACCUUAGCGACGAGAAUCCAUUCAUGUUCGAACGCGAAGCCGAUCGCGGAUCUGCGAAGUCAGUGACCGUAGACGUGGUACCAAGUUGCGCGCACGGCAAAAGCCUUGGUAUAGAGCCAGUUGAUGAUGGGUGGGGUGAGGUGGGGGUUGAUGGUUGGAUGGUUGGAUGGUUGGUCUCAAGCGGCAACAAUCUUCUUGUAUUUGACUCUGGGACUCCAGAUGCUUGGAUCCGUUUACUUCUUGUGUUCAGUGAUGUAAAUCGUCGAUAUGCGCAGUAG